AUGGACAACGAAGGUGUGAGAGAGGUGUCCAAGGACGCAUACGAAGUGCAGACAGCCUCCCAGCUCCGGCUCCUCCUCUUGUCUCCUUUUCAUGCUCUCAGUUCUCGCAGGCCACCCAGGGGCCUCUACGCUGUCUGCACUUCCUCCCUCAUGAUGACAGCUUCGGAGUCAGGGCGGAGUGGGCUCCGGAUACGGCCAUUCUCGGCCCCUCCGGAGGCGGCCUCGGCCUGGCUGCAGCACUGCGCGCUGUCGGCCUUGGCCUCCUGGCCUCUCCUCUUCGGAGCCUCCUGGCCUGUCCUUAACCCACGCACUCCGUUCGAGUACAUGAUUCUGGCCACCAUCAUCGCCAACUGUAUCGUACUGGCUCUGGAGCAGCACCUCCCUGACGGAGACAAGACGCCCAUGUCUGAGCGGCUGGACGACACGGAGCCCUAUUUCAUCGGCAUCUUCUGCUUCGAGGCUGGGAUCAAGAUCAUCGCCCUGGGCUUCGUGCUGCACAAGGGCUCCUACCUGCGCAACGGCUGGAAUGUCAUGGACUUCGUGGUGGUCCUCACAGGGAUCCUUGCCACAGCUGGCACUGACUUUGACCUGCGGACCCUGCGGGCUGUGCGUGUGCUGCGGCCCCUGAAGCUGGUGUCUGGGAUCCCAAGUCUGCAGGUGGUGCUCAAGUCCAUCAUGAAGGCCAUGGUCCCGCUCCUGCAGAUCGGGCUGCUCCUCUUCUUCGCCAUCCUCAUGUUCGCCAUCAUUGGCCUCGAGUUCUACAUGGGCAAGUUCCACAAGGCCUGCUUCCCCAACAGCACAGAUGCAGAGCCAGUGGGCGACUUCCCCUGUGGCAAGGAGGCCCCAGCCCGGCUGUGUGAGGGCGACACUGAGUGCCGGGAGUACUGGCCGGGGCCCAACUUUGGCAUCACCAACUUUGACAACAUCCUGUUUGCCGUCUUGACGGUGUUCCAGUGCAUCACCAUGGAGGGCUGGACCGACAUCCUCUACAACACCAACGACGCAGCCGGCAACACCUGGAACUGGCUUUACUUCAUCCCCCUCAUCAUCAUCGGCUCCUUCUUCAUGCUCAACCUGGUGCUGGGCGUGCUCUCAGGAGAGUUCGCCAAGGAGCGGGAGCGGGUGGAGAACCGCCGGGCCUUCCUGAAGCUUCGCCGGCAGCAGCAGAUUGAACGGGAGCUGAACGGGUACCUGGAGUGGAUCUUCAAGGCUGAGGAAGUCAUGCUGGCCGAGGAGGACAAGAAUGCAGAGGAGAAGUCCCCGCUGGACGUGCUGAAGAGGGCGGCCACCAAGAAGAGCCGAAACGACCUGAUCCACGCGGAGGAGGGGGAGGACCGGUUUGCAGACCUCUGUGCUGCAGGUGAGUCUCCCGGGUCCUCCUGGCUCUGCGGGGCCUGCGACUGUGUGUACAGUGUGCACCCUGCUCCCUCCUGUCACCAGACUUCCCAGCCCCUGGGGCCACCCUCCCCUCCGUCCCCACUGCCCACCCCAAGUGCCGCUCCCUCCGUGUGCGGGUGUCUUUCUGGGGCUGGCCCUGGCGGGGGGGGGGGCUGUGUGUACAGCCCCUGCAAGUCCCCUCCUGCUCGUUCGUGUCAUACGCUUUGCUGGCUGCUCUUGGCUCUGUGGUCCCCCGACGUGGGUGUGGAGCCCCCAGGCACGUCCCAAGGCCGAGGGCCGUGUGUGUCACUGAUGGUAGGGGCUGCCACCUCGCUUCUAAGCCCCGUGUGCCGUCCACGUUCCCGGGACCUGCCGCCUCCGAGGGCUUGGCUUCCUCUCCGACUUGUCAGAUGGUGCAAGGGAAACCCGGGUCUUGUAUCAGGCAGAGCCUUUUCGGUUGCCUUCCUCUCAGCCUGGUACCAAGAGUCUAGAACCAGAAGUUCCCAGGCCUUUCCCCGCCCAAUGCCCUGUCAUUGUGGCUCCGCGGCAAAAGGGACCUGGUGUGGGAGGGGCCGGCCCUGGGCAGUGACAGCGUUCACCACCGGUGCCAGUCAGGGCCAGCCAGGACCCCCUUGUCCCCCCGCCACGUGGGAGCGGGUGCCCUCCUGCCUCUCGCUGACCAGGGCGCUCAGCUGCCCUGCCCGCUUCUCUGGUUCUGUGUUCGCCCCUGUCCUGGCCUCUCGUUUCCUGGCCGCCGUUGGCUUCUCUUCCGCGUCACUAACCCCCCUUGCUGGGGUCUGGAAACCGGUGCGCCUGUCGGCCUGCAGGCUCAGUCAGAGCCGGGAGCUGGUGGGCUUCAAGGGCCACGUGGGGGAUGUGGUUUGUCUCCGGCUUCUCCUAGACUUUGCAGAGUUUGUUUUCCUGGGUCUCUUCCUCACAGAGAUGUCCCUGAAGGUGUACGGCCUGGGGCCCAGGAGCUACUUCCGGUCCUCCUUCAACUGCUUCGACUUCGGGGUCAUUGUGGGGAGCAUCUUCGAGGUGGUCUGGGCGGCCAUCAAGCCGGGAACCUCCUUCGGGAUCAGUGUGCUGCGGGCUCUCCGGCUGCUGAGGAUCUUCAAAGUCACCAAGUACUGGAGCUCGCUGCGGAACCUGGUGGUGUCCCUGCUCAACUCCAUGAAGUCCAUCAUCAGCCUGCUCUUCCUGCUCUUCCUCUUCAUCGUGGUCUUCGCCCUGCUGGGCAUGCAGCUGUUCGGGGGACAGUUCAACUUUCAAGACGAGACUCCAACGACCAACUUCGACACCUUCCCUGCUGCCAUCCUCACCGUCUUCCAGAUCCUGACCGGAGAGGACUGGAACGCAGUGAUGUACCACGGGAUCGAAUCGCAAGGUGGGGUCAGCAAAGGCAUGUUUUCGUCCUUCUACUUCAUCGUCCUGACGCUGUUUGGAAACUACACCCUGCUGAACGUCUUUCUGGCCAUUGCGGUGGACAACCUCGCCAAUGCGCAGGAGCUGACCAAGGAUGAGGAGGAGAUGGAAGAAGCAGCCAAUCAGAAGCUGGCUCUGCAAAAGGCCAAAGAGGUGGCCGAAGUCAGCCCCAUGUCUGCCGCGAACAUCUCCAUCGCCGCCAGGCAGCAGAACUCGGCCAAGGCGCGCUCCGUGUGGGAGCAGCGGGCCAGCCAGCUGCGGCUGCAGAACCUGCGGGCCAGCUGCGAGGCGCUGUACAGCGAGAUGGACCCUGAGGAGCGGCUGCGCUUCGCCACCUCCCGCCACCUGCGGCCCGACAUGAAGACGCACCUGGACCUCCGGAACCACCAGCCCAAGGAGCCUCACUGUGACUUGGAGGCCAGUGGGGUCACGGGUGUGGGCCCUGUGCAGGCACUGCCCAGCACCUGUCUAGAGAAGGUGGAAGAACAGCCAGAGGAUGCAGAUAAUCAGCGAAAUGUCACUCGGAUGGGCAGUCAACCCUCGGAUCUGAGCACCACUGUACAUAUCCCAGUAACGCUGACCGGCCCCCCCGGGGAGACCACGGUUGUUCCCAGUGGUAAUGUGGACCUGGAGAGCCAAGCGGAAGGGAAGAAGGAGGUGGGCGCUGACGACCUGAUGAGGAGUGGCCCCCGCCCCAUCGUCCCACACAGCUCCAUGUUCUGCUUAAGCCCCACCAACCUGCUCCGCCGCUUCUGCCAUUACAUUGUGACCAUGCGGUACUUCGAGAUGGUCAUUCUCGUGGUCAUCGCCUUGAGCAGCAUCGCCCUGGCGGCUGAGGACCCCGUGCAGUCAGACUCGCCCAGGAACAACGCUCUGAAGUACAUGGACUACAUCUUCACAGGCGUCUUCACCUUUGAGAUGGUGAUAAAGAUGAUCGACCUGGGACUGCUGCUGCACCCUGGCGCCUACUUCCGGGACCUGUGGAAUAUCCUGGACUUCAUUGUGGUCAGUGGGGCCCUGGUGGCCUUUGCCUUCUCGUAAGCUCCAAAGGGAAAAGACAUCAACACCAUCAAGUCCCUGAGGGUCCUGCGUGUGCUGCGGCCGCUCAAGACCAUCAAGCGGCUGCCCAAGCUCAAGGCGGUGUUCGACUGCGUGGUGAACUCCCUGAGGAACGUCCUCAACAUCCUCAUCGUCUACAUGCUCUUCAUGUUCAUCUUCGCUGUCAUCGCAGUGCAGCUCUUCAAGGGGAAGUUCUUCUACUGCACGGACGAGUCCAAGGAGCUGGAACGGGACUGCAGGGGCCAGUAUCUGGACUACGAGAAGGACGAAGUGGAAGCUCAGCCCCGGCAGUGGAAGAAAUACGACUUCCACUACGACAAUGUGCUCUGGGCCCUGCUGACUCUGUUCACGGUGUCCACGGGGGAAGGCUGGCCCAUGGUGCUGAAGCACUCGGUGGAUGCCACCUACGAGGAGCAGGGCCCGAGCCCCGGGUACCGCAUGGAGCUGUCCAUCUUCUACGUGGUCUAUUUCGUGGUCUUCCCCUUCUUCUUUGUCAACAUCUUUGUGGCCUUGAUCAUCAUCACCUUCCAGGAGCAGGGGGACAAGGUGAUGUCUGAGUGCAGCCUGGAGAAGAACGAGAGGGCUUGCAUCGACUUUGCCAUCAGCGCCAAACCCCUGACACGGUACAUGCCUCAGAACAAGCAGUCUUUCCAGUACAAGACGUGGACGUUCGUGGUCUCGCCGCCCUUUGAAUACUUCAUCAUGGCCAUGAUCGCCCUCAACACGGUGGUGCUGAUGAUGAAGUUCUACGACGCGCCCUACGAGUACGAGCUGAUGCUGAAGUGCCUGAACGUGGUGUUCACGUCCAUGUUCUCCAUGGAGUGCGCCCUGAAGAUCGUCGCCUUUGGGGUGCUGAACUAUUUCAGAGAUGCCUGGAAUGUCUUUGACUUUGUCACUGUGUUGGGAAGUAUUACUGAUAUUUUAGUAACAGAGAUUGCGGAAACGAACAACUUCAUCAACCUCAGCUUCCUCCGCCUGUUCCGUGCCGCCCGGCUCAUCAAGCUGCUCCGGCAGGGCUACACCAUCCGCAUCCUGCUGUGGACCUUCGUCCAGUCCUUCAAGGCCCUGCCCUACGUGUGCCUGCUCAUUGCCAUGCUGUUCUUCAUCUACGCCAUCAUUGGCAUGCAGGUGUUUGGAAACAUCGCCCUGGAUGACGACACCAGCAUCAACCGGCACAACAACUUCCGGACGUUUCUGCAGGCCCUGAUGCUGCUGUUCAGGAGUGCCACGGGGGAGGCCUGGCACGAGAUCAUGCUGUCCUGUCUCAGCAACCGGGCCUGCGAUGAGCUCGCCAAUGCCACUGAGUGUGGGAGUGACUUUGCCUACUUCUACUUUGUCUCCUUCAUCUUCCUCUGCUCCUUUCUGAUGUUGAACCUCUUUGUGGCCGUCAUCAUGGACAACUUCGAGUACCUUACGCGGGACUCCUCCAUCCUGGGGCCGCACCACCUGGACGAGUUCAUCCGCGUCUGGGCUGAGUACGACCCGGCUGCCCGUGGGCGCAUCAGUUACAAUGACAUGUUUGAGAUGCUGAAACACAUGUCCCCGCCCCUGGGGCUGGGGAAGAAAUGCCCUGCUCGAGUUGCAUACAAGCGCCUGGUUCGUAUGAACAUGCCCAUCUCCAAUGAGGACAUGACCGUCCACUUCACGUCCACGUUGAUGGCCCUGAUCCGGACAGCGCUGGAGAUCAAGCUGGCUCCAGCUGGCACGAAGCAGCACCAGUGUGACGCAGAGUUGAGGAAGGAGAUUUCUUCUGUGUGGGCCAAUCUGCCCCAGAAGACCCUGGAUUUACUGGUGCCUCCCCAUAAACCUGACGAGAUGACAGUGGGGAAGGUGUACGCAGCUCUGAUGAUAUUCGACUUCUACAAACAGAACAAAACCACCCGGGACCAGAUUCACCAAGCUCCAGGAGGCCUGGCCCAGAUGGGCCCUGUGUCCCUGUUCCACCCUCUGAAGGCCACGCUGGAGCAGACACAGCCAGCCGUGCUCCGUGGAGCCCGUGUUUUCCUGCGGCAGAAGAGCUCGGCCUCCCUCAGCAACGGUGGGGCGGUACAAACCCAAGAGAGUGGCAUCAAGGAGUCUAUUUCCUGGGGCACCCAGAGGACCCAGGAGGUGCCCUGCGAGGUGAGGACACCUCUGGAGCGAGGCCACUCUACGGAGAUCCCGGUGGUGCAGACAGGAAAGCCGGCUGUGGAUGUCCAGAUGCAGAGCAUGGCCCUGAGAGGUCCUGACGAGGAGCCCCAACCCGGGCUGGAGAGCCAGGGCCGAGCAGCCUCCAUGCCCCGCCUGGCAGCAGAGACUCAGCCUGCCCCAGACGCCAGCCCCAUGAAGCGCUCCAUCUCCACUCUGGCGCCCCAGCGCCCCCACGUGGCUCAUCUCUGCAACGCCGCCCUGGACCGCGCUCCGGUCGGCCAGGCCGCCCCCCACCACCACCACCGCUGCCAUCGCCGCAGGGACAGGAAGCAGAAGUCCCUGGAGAAGGGGCCCAGCCUGUCCGCCGACACGGAUGGCGCACCCAGCAGCACUGCGGGGCCGGGGCCGCCCCCAGGAGAGGGGCCUGCAAGCUGUCGGCGGGAGCGCAGGCAGGAGCGGGGCCGGUCCCAGGAGCGGAGGCAGCCCUCCUCCUCCUCCUCUGAGAAGCAGCGCUUCUACUCCUGCGACCGCUUUGGGGGCCGUGAGCCCCCACAGCCCAAGCCCUCCCUCAGUAGCCACCCUACAUCGCCAGCGGCCGGGCAGGAGCCAGGACCCUCGAGACAGGGUGGUGGUUCGGUGAACGGGAGCCCCCUGCUGUCAACAUCUGGUGCUAGCACCCCUGGCCGAGGUGGGCGGAGGCAGCUCCCCCAGACCCCGCUGACCCCCCGACCCAGCAUCACAUAUAAGACGGCCAACUCGUCGCCCGUCCACUUUGCCGGGGCUCAGACCAGCCUCCCUGCCUUCUCCCCCGGCCGGCUUAGCCGCGGCCUUUCGGAACACAACGCUCUGCUCCAGAGAGACCCCCUCAGCCAGCCCCUGGCCCCCAGCUCUCGGAUCGGCUCCGACCCCUACCUGGGGCAGCGUCUGGACAGCGAGGCUGCCGCCCGCACCCAGCUGGAGGACACGCUCACCUUUGAGGAGGCUGUGGCCACCAACUCAGGCCGUUCCUCCCGGACUUCCUACGUGUCCUCCCUGACCUCCCAGUCCCACCCCCUCCGCCGUGUGCCCAACGGCUUCCACUGCACUCUGGGCCUCAGCUCGGGUGGCCGGGCGCGGCACAGCUACCACCACCCCAGCCAAGACCACUGGUGCUAGCCGCACCUCGGCCGCCACUGCAGGCACCUGCCCGGCGGGCGCGUCCCAGGCGAUGAGUUUUAUCAUCCGUGCUGGGCUCCGGGGGCACCGGCGGCUCUGAGCUGUGGGCAGCGGCCCCUGGGAGCAGGGCCUCGCGCCGUCUCCCUCCUUCACACCAGAUGGAUCGCUGAAGCCCCUUUGGAGGGGGCGUGGCUCUCUCUGGCCCUCACUUGGGCCUCCCUGGGUCUCAGCACAGGCCGGACAGAGGACGCGUCUGUGUGCUGAGUGGGCAGGGACAGGACCAGGAUCCCGUGCGCGCUGGGAACCUUUCCCAGGAGGCCUGAGGCCUGUCGGGACCAUCCUUUAUCUAGACGUGCGGUACGAGGAGCAGGCGAGACUCAGGGCAAAGUUGGUGGUAAACAGGGCAGGUCUCGCCUGCGUCUUCAAACCCCUGUGCCUCCGCACCUGAAAUGGCCAAGGGGCACUAGAAACACUCAGAUACUCUGUUCCCCCCCGACACCGUCACCCUGACAGGGACCAAAUCUGGAAACCGUUCUUGCUGUUGAUUUAGGUUUUUUUAAUCACAAUACCCUUCACUCUUUUUUGUCGAUUCUAUAUACUUGGUCAAAACCACCACCACCACCACAACAAAACCCCAGAAUAACGGGGAAGGGAGUGUUAACUGUAAAAAGUCAAACCUCCAGGGGGAGCUCAGCUUUUCAGGGCGUGUGUCUGUGGCUUACUGAGGAGAGGCUGUGUGUCCAGUCCGGGCGGCCCACCAGACCACCCCUGGAUCCCACUGCUCUCGACCAAGUGCCUGACUUCCAAGCCCCUAGCGUGGGCUCCUGGGGGCGCGACGGGAGGCCUGUGUGAACCGCGAGCGGGUUUUGUGGAAACUGUUCCAAACAGCAACUGAGUAGAGAGCUGAGGUGGUGGGGAGCACCCAGAAAGCGUCCAGCAGGCGGCUGUAGCUGGAAAUGAAGCAGCUGCUGCCUGGUUCUCCUCGCACGAGUAGCCGCCACAAGGCAGUGUGGACGUGGCUGAUUCUCAGGGAUGGGGCACUGGCAGGCAGGGCGUCCUUGCUGGAGUCCUGCAAGUGUCUUCUUGCAGAAGGCCUGGUGGGUGAGGUGGGGGCAGGACAGGGUGGACAGGGUCGGAGCAGAAGAGGGCAGCGUCGGGAGCCGCGCCUGCAAAGAGGCCGGAGCUCAGAGGAGGUGGAGGGUGAGGGAGCAGCUACUGUGCUGAGGUCGGGUGUCGGAGCCCACGCCUGUCGGGCACAGGAAGUGGAGAAGCAGGCGGCAGAGCCAAGUCCACCUCUGUGGCCCCUCUCGAAAGGGGAAGACCACAGUUAAGACGUUGUCAUAAAACACUAGAGACUCUGUUUUGUGAACUAAAGGAGUGUUUGGAUGAGCAGAUUCUGGUGUGUCUCCAUGUUGUGGAAGUGAAAUGGUCCCUUUGCUGGAUCAUCUGAGCCUCCCAUUGGCUUUUACCCCACGGUUCUCCUUAAAGAAACUUGGUGUGUGAGGUGUGUGCGUGUCUGUGUGUCCCAGUGAGUGGAUGCUGUGAACCCGUAGGGCUAUGCAACAAAGACACACAUUUAUUAGAAAUAAAACACACAAGACGCCACCUGUUCUAGGGUUUCAGCAUGAUUGUGAUCAAACCGUUUUAUAGAAUUUCCUUACUAGCAGGCACAACACUCUGAAACUUUAAGAUACCAGAGUAUUUUACUCCAAUAGGAUGUAAUUAAAAUCGGAACCUCGGACUGUGCAUGUUCUCAUUGGGUCCUGUUUCAAAACGGAAGGGUGUGAACUUUAAAUGCUGGUGUUUUGUGUCUGGUCCCCCAGCCCGUUUUAUUUUGAAUGUAUUCAUUCUGUGCAGAACCACAGCUGCUUCCCCGGGCCAUGCUGGGUGGAGAAUCCAUUUUUCUAGACCCGCACAGCCUUGCUGGCUUGUCUGGCUUCCUCUAGACACUGGAAUUGGAGACAAUUACCAAGAGGGGGAGGAGGUAGUGUCUUGUGUUCCCGACUCUGCGUUUUGUUUCUGUGCUGUCUCUUCUCAACUAUCACGUUUCCCCUGGAACCUCAUAGUGAGUUGCCAAAUUUGAAAUGCAUCAACCAGUUGUCUGCAUCUGGAACCAGUCAAGCAGUGGCUGUAGUUUGAACAAGUUACGUGUGCAUGUAAAAUAUAUACAUAUAUACAUAUAUUCCAGUAUGUGCAUGAAGUGUAUAUCUUCGUACUUUUUGAUACAAUGUAUUCAUUUGUUAAUUUUUAAUUAUAUUUGAUAUAAAUCAAAGGUUUGUUGCAAAACUUUAUAUUUAAGAACAGUGUUAAAAAAAAAAAAGAGAAGUCCCAACCAUGCAACACAACUGGGACUUGCUUUAAAAAAAAAUUUCUGUGAUUGACUAGUUUGCUGCCUGAGUAAUAUUUAUCAGCCAAACUUUGGAUUCUGCUGUUGUUUCUACAAUGACAUUUUGUAUGAAGCAAAGUCCUUGGAUUAAAAUAAAACUUAGCAAAAAAUCAAAAA